CUGCACUACGGGACCCUCCUGGGCAGCAGAGCUUGUGUCCACAUGGCAGCAGCUGCCUGGGGCAGUGGGUUUCUCAAUGCUCUCCUGCACACGGCCAAUACAUUUUCCCUACCCCUCUGCCAGGGCAAUGCCCUGGAUCAGUUCUUCUGUGAAAUCCCCCAGAUCCUCAAGCUCUCCUGCACAGACUACUACUUCAGGGAAGCUGGGCUUCUUGUGGUUAGUGUCUGUUUAGGCUUUGGAUGUUUUAUUUUCAUUGUGCUGUCCUAUGUGCAGACCUUCAGGGCUGUGCUGAGGAUCCCCUCUGAGCAGGGACGGCACAAAGCCUUUUCCACGUGCCUCCCUCAUCUGUCUGUCAUCUCCCUGUUUCUCAGCAGUGUCAUGUUUGCCUACCUCAAGCCCCCCUCCAUCUCCUCCCCAGCUCUAGACCUGGUGGUGGCAGUCCUGUACUCAGUGGUGCCUCCAGUAUCACAUCAAGAAGCUGCCAGUAUCAUGGCAGUCCCCAGCGAGACCCAGGCUCGUACAGCCAGACGCUUCCCUGGGAUCCUUCAGAAAGACUAUACCCUCUUCCUCAUCCUGACUACUGUGGAUUGUCUUGGUCUGGAGUCUUCCCAAGGCCCCUUCCAGGAUGAGAGACUGUGCAUUUCUUUCCGCCAUGGGUCUUCCCUUCAUGAUGAGGGGGAGAGCGCUCACGUUGCCCAUGACCACAGAAGUAAGCAAACAUAA